AUGGGAGUCGGCGGAAGUCGGCGAAAAGGCUAUGAGCGCAACGCCGUUAGCCAAGAAACAAGAGCGGAAGAGAUCGAACGCGCCCUCGACCCAGGAAACAAGAAAAGAUUUGUGUCCGUCCAAUCACAUCCGCCUACGGGAGGGGUCUCGGGCGCUGACAGCCCGAUUCCUGGGUCGGCAGAGCGGUCGUUCGGCAGAGCCAGAAACAGCCCACGACCCACCACGCCCGACCCGUGCAUCGGGCACCCCACCACCCCACCCCAACAACUUUGCAAAUGUUUUGCAACCAAACAGCUCAGCCCGGAGCAAGCUCACGGCGAAGAGUCGAGCGCGUGGAUCCCGCGCGAUAUUCGGGGCCGACCGCUAUCCAACGGGUCGACCCAUUCUGUCGUCUAA